AACUUCAUAAAGCUGUGAUUGUAUACGUUGACAUCAUCAUCAAUGAAACUAUUUAUAGAGUGGGGCAUGCGCAAUAUUUAUGAAAUGAAAUCCGCCAUUCUUGUUGACUCUUAAUAUGUGAUUUAAGUUUAUAAUUUUAUUUAUAGAUUUUAAGUAAUGCUUUGAUUUUAAGAGACAGUUGAGGAAAUCAGGGAUUUCUCUGAGAUAUUAUCACAGUGCAUUUUCUCUAAAGUUUGAAUAAUUUGGUUUUAGGUUAUAUAUACGUAAUAGUUUUCUUGACAGAAAUGCAUUUGAGAUGAAGAUGCUUUUCACGUGAAGAUCAUAAAAUGGGGGCGUUCCUUGACAAACCGAAGACGGAAAAACAUAAUGAACAUGGGUGUGGAAAUGGACUGCGCUAUGGUGUUGCGAGUAUGCAAGGAUGGCGGGUGGAAAUGGAGGAUGCUCACUGUGCUGUGACUGGGUUGAGUGAGGAGUUGCCUGAUUGGUCUUUCUUCGCAGUUUUUGAUGGGCACGCAGGUGCGAGAGUGUCGGCACACUGUGCGGACCACCUCCUGGAGAGCAUCGUCCAGAGCGAGGAGUUCCAGCGCGGGGAUGACGUCAUCAAGGGCAUCCGCUCCGGCUUCUUGCGCCUGGACGACCGCAUGCGGGAGCUUCCGGAGCUGGCCAGCGGGGAGGACAAGUCUGGCUCGACUGCCGUGUGCGCACUCAUCUCCCCCCGUCAGGUGUUUGUCGCCAACUGUGGGGAUUCGAGGGCAUUGCUGUGCCGUGAUGGCAAGCCGGUGUUUGCAACGUGUGACCACAAGCCAGUUCUGCCGGCCGAGAAAGAGCGUAUCAUACGUGCUGGUGGAAGUGUCAUGAUCCAGCGAGUGAAUGGCUCCCUAGCCGUGUCGCGGGCGCUUGGCGACUACGAGUACAAGAACGUGGAAGGCAGGGGUCCGUGCGAGCAGCUGGUGUCUCCCGAGCCCGAGGUGUCGGUGAUGGACUGGGACGAGGGUCGCGAUGAGUUCCUGGUGCUGGCCUGUGACGGCGUCUGGGAUGUCAUGACCAACGAGGAUCUCUGCAGCUUCGUGCGGUCGCGGCUUGCCAUCAGCAGUGACUUGGAGAGCAUCGCCAACCAAGUUAUAGACACUUGCCUCUACAAGGGCAGCAGAGACAACAUGAGCAUUGUGCUGGUGACGUUCCCGGGAGUGGGUCAGCCAUCCACGGAGGCGAUUCAGCAGGAAAUGGAACUGGAGGCAACCCUGGAGAGGAGGAUAACAGAACUGGUGCGUCAGGGGGACAACCUGGAGUUCCUGCACAUUCUGCAGGCGCUGGCGGAAGAUGACAUCCCAGGGCUGCCCCCCGGAGGAGGACUCAGUGCCAAGCGAAACUUCAUUGAAAGUGUGUUCAAGAAACUGUGCCCUCAGCAAGCAGAUAGUGUAAGUCACAAUUAUGACAUUGGCAGUUGCUGAGUUGAGCCAUUGCUUCAGUUAUUUAUUUUUAUAACAGUGAAACCCCUUGUUUACAUUCUUCACUGGCCAAGGAGAAAGUGCUGCUUGCAAACAAACAAGCUCAUUACAAGAUGUAAAGAAGGGCUUCACUGUUUGUGGUCUGUAGGAAGUGGAACUACUCCAGCAAGUUAGUUUUUUUUAAUAGUUUGUAGACAUUUUGUUUUACCUUUUGUUCUAUGUAUAAUUUUGUUUGUAGUUAUUUUGUGUACAUAGAUUUUUAUUACCUUGGUUUUUAAUGAUUCACUUAAAUUUUAUUUAGUGUGCAGUCAAAAAUUAUUUUUGCGUGAGGAUAGUGUCCAUGCAUGUUUGUCACCUUAGGUUGUAGGUGGUGGUUUUUGUUAAAAUAUUUGCCUAUAGUUAUUUAAAAAUCACUGUAUGUAUAUUGAAAAAUAGAUGUUGGUUUUAUAAAUAUACGUUAUUUAUAUAUUAUCCACUGCAACACAUUAACUUUACAUACAUAUUAUGUAAUAUAAAAUGUACUGAUGCUUUGAGAGGUGAAUAUUAUUUAUUAUUUUUUUUUUCAAGUGCUGGUAUACAUUUUAUUUUUAGGGUCCUCUGUUACUAUGAUUGCUUAGGUGUGUUGUAAUUAAUGCUCAUGGGUUUGGGAAUAUGAGCAGGUUGAGACCUACUCAUGACAUCACCUUUUUUAACACUUACAUUAGUAUCAUAGUGGUGUCUAACUUACUCCUAUCAGGAGGUAUCACCCAUCAUCUUUAGUCACUCAUUGCAUUUGCAUGUUUCAAAACCCAUUAAAGUACAUAAAUUCCACUCCUGUUGGUAAAUUGUGAAAGUAGAUGUCUGCAGUUAAUAAAUAUUGUUAUGUUAUAAAACUGAUAGUUAGUGCGUAAUGCCACGCAAGGGGUUAGCUAUACGACAGCAAAAAAAAAAUUAGAUGCGCAGUAGGUUCUGUUUAAAUAAAUGAUGGAUAUACAUUUGACUUUGUUGUGUUACCACAGACUAGGUAUAUCUAGAAAAUAUGUGAACCUCAGGAAAUUUUUGCUAUUAUGAAAUAUAUGGAAUAAUUAAACACAUGUAGCCAUCUUCUUUGAAGAACCUUUUUGUCAAAAAGCUAUUAAAUAGCUCAUUAUUGCAUUUCAAAGAUUUAAUUAAUAUUUCCCAAGACAACAUUGUAAAAAAUUAAUUAAUAACUGUUUGAAAAUUGCAAUAUUUUUAAAUUCUGUGUUUUGACCCAUUUUAAAAGAAAUGUACUCUUAUCACAUUUGUGUCUUAAAAGAGUCAUAACAUUUUUUUUUAGUAUUAUAAGAAACCUUGUAGUUUGGUCUACAAUCAUCACCACUGAAAACUGCAAGUAAUAAUUUUUAUAUGAAAACUAAUGUGUGUUUCUAGCUUAUUGUAUGAGCACAUAUAAUUGCUGCAUGAAUGAUAAGAUGUAACUUGUGACCUGGUAUUGGAAGGGAAUGUUCAAUAAUGAAGCUCAGCUACCUUGCCCCUUGUCUUGUCCUCAACUGACGUGAAUGUUUCCACAUGCAGUUCAUGUGUCUCUUGAUAGGUCAUUGUCUUGUUUGAGCUGGUACAUCACAGCUGUGACAUUCGUAAUUCCAAGACAGAAUAUCAUCACAGUCCCUUGAAAAUAUUGUAGGCAUCUUUAUUAAUCUGAAAAACCAUCAGUUAUUCUACCUAGUAAGUUUUUUUUAUCCAUAGUUUCUCUUUAGGGCAAAUACAAAUGAGUCUGAUUGAUGUUUGCAUUUUAUUCUGUUGCUGGUCCACAAACAGUUAAUAUGAGAGGGUUGCCUUGUAAAUAACUCACAAACAGAUCAUAGUUUCUCAAAGAUAUUUGGUGACUCCUUUAUUAACACAGCUGUUUACAAGGAUGAUUUUUUCUGUCCUUUGUGAUAGUCUGUUACUAAUAUGUCCGCAAGACAGACUAGUGGCAACUAGGCACAAAAUCAUCAAGGGAGUUGUUUUCAAGGUCAGACAAACAAGUAGUUCACUUGUGAAGUUUGGCUGCGCAAAAUAUGUGGGAACUGUCUCCAUCCUGUUCCUUACACAUGCACUGUGUGAAGUGCUUACUUAGUUAUCAGCAAACUACCUUUAAGACAAAAAUCCUGAGUGGUACUAAAGACAGUCUGUGAUACUUGUCAUGGUAGAAAGCAACCCAUCAUACCUUCUAAGUUCUUUUCUUUCUAAGAGCAAAGGCUUACAGUAAGACUUAAUGAAGUCAAUGCAGCAUAUUUUGUCAAAUAAAUAAAGUUAUAUUAAAUAUCACCUUAAGAAAAUCUUGAGGUAAUAGACAACAAAUCAGAAUGCUUUAAAAUGUCCAUUGACCAUCAAUCUAUAAUUUAAAAAAAGUAGUGAUUUGCAUCAUUUUAAGACAAGUUUGAACAAAGACUGGGAUUUUUUCCUUUUAAACUUGUGCUUCUAAAAUGUUUUAUUGUAACAUAUUAUUUUUUUUACUUUUACGAAAAUUCAGAGAAAAUUAAUUGGGCAAUAAUAGAUCAAAUUAAGAUAGUUUUCUUAAUGAAAAUGAUGAAAGCUAAUUCUCCAAGUUUUGAACAUUUACAUUAAAGCAAUCAAUGUGUAGCUGGUUUCUUCAAGGUAUAUAUAAGUAUUUAUUUUAAGGCUUUUACUUGCAGCUCCAAGGGUCAUAUGCAGUACUGUGAGUAACUAAUACUUUCAAUCUAAAAUAUUUUAUAAAUUUUCAAAGCACGUAUUGAAAGUAUUUAUUUUCAAAUAACACUUAUUCAAUAAAAAUACCAUUAACCAUUUAAUUAAAAUCAAUUUGCUAUGUACCUACUUAAAAUAUGCAUGCUAAACUUCAUAAAUUUUAUCUUACUAUUGUAGAUUUAUCUAAGUUAUGGAAUGUUUUUUUUUUUUUUAAUGGAUACUUACAAAAAUAAUAAUGCCCAUUAGCAGUUCAACCUUACGAAUUAUUCAUAUUUAAUUCCAUCAUAAAACUAACCAAUUAGAGUAGUUUAUAAUGAUUUAUUAGGAAGCUAGCAGACAGAACACAUGCCCCUCCUCGUGGGUACGCCACUGCAGUGCCUCUGAUGGAAAAAAAAUUAAUUUAAUUUAAUUUUUUAAAUUAACUUGUGAAACAAAAAAAAAAUGGUUAAAACUAAGAUAAAUGGGAAGAAAUUAAACAGAAUAUGCCAUCUUAGAUUUAACAGUUUUCAACUGCCAUCACAUUCACAUAAAUUUAACCAACAACUAUGUGUCAAUAUGAUGGCAAAGAUAAUUACAGAAAUACUGGAUUAAUAUCCGAAUGUGAAUAAAGCAUCAUCAACAUUGCAAUAGCAGUUGCCAAAAGACUAAGAAAGCAUCAGAAAUAGUAAUGCAUUAACCAUUGCCAUGGAGAUUAUCAGAAAAACUUAAUAAAAAAUGUAAAAAAAACUAAAGGAUUUCAGAAAAAUCUGUUUGAGUUGCAAAUGGAUCUGCCCUGGAGAAUCAACGUCACAAAUGUCACGGCCCUAGGCCUCACCGUCCCUGAGCUACGCGAGCUUCAGGCAGGCAAACUCUGCCUUCUUUUAAUACAGGCAGAAGAUUUAAGAGCUUAGUAAAAUGUAGGAAAGGCAGGUGUUAUAGUUGAAAAUGGCCAAUGAAAAAUUGUGGUCCAUCAGUUGCACUUCGAGUCUCACUUGCAGAUCAUUCAUGGGCAUUGCAUCUGGUCUCCAAUGUCUUAUAGAGCGUGGCUGCAUAUUUUUUAUGACAAAGGUGAUUACCACAAGCUACUUGGUUUCAGAAGUCUGUUUUUUUGUGGUUGCCUGGCCUUGUAGGGUGUUUGGUGUUGGUCGUCUGUCAGUUACCACACAGCUGUUGUGAGACUGCUAGCAACUCACCCAGCUCUAUAUGCUCAACCAUCCCACUAUGUUUGCAAGUAUUAUGAUUUCACAAAACCACAAAUAGAUUAAUUUUAAUAUCUUCUUCGGUAGAAUCUUAGUGUUGUAACUACAACAAUAUUGUUAUAACUGUUGUAACUACAAGGUUAAACAUGCUAUUUAACACCUUCGGCUCCUUGCUUUAAUAACUGUAAAGCUACAUUCUUAUACAUACUUCAACUUAACUGUCGAUUUCGAUCUGAUUUUCCUAUUGUCACUGGACAUUGUCAUCCAUUUCAUUUUUUACACGCUAUAACAGUGUGUUUACAUGCUCUAGUAUGUUUUUUUUUUUAAUUACAGCUAUUCUUGAAAGAGUUCUAAGGACUUUAUAAUUGCAAUAUUAAAUUUCAAAAUUUUAAUCAUUAUAUAUAUAUAAAUAUGAUGUAUACGGAUGAGACUGCCCUUAGUUUUGAGUUAUACAUCUACUCUUUAGUGAAGCCUAUUAUUAGAGACAACAUUUUAUAAUGAAUUGUGAUAGAACAAAAAUAACUCUAAAAUGGGAGUUUUUUCACCAUAGAAAGGGGCUGGAAAAAUUAGCAUUUACAUUUUAAAUGCUAUUUUUUUAGCAAUAUUAGUUUAAAAUUUCAUUGAUUUAUAAAUAUUUUUGUAAAAAUGCCACUUAACUGUUACACAUUUUUGACAGUUUUCAUUAUGUUACAAAAUGUAUUGUUUCUCAUUUAAAAAGCAACAACUUGUUUUGUAGACUUUGUGACCUGUCUUAUUUUAUAUUCUACUUUGCAGUUUGUCUGAGACACAUGUUGGUGUAAAAUUAUUUUAAUGUAUGUUUGUUACUUACCAGUUAUCAGCACUUCAGUUAAUACACAAACACAACGCUUCCACCAUCUUAGCCGCGGAUUUUCUGUUGUCUCGCAGAUAAAAGGUGUAGGUGUGUAGAUUAAAACAAAACAGGCUGCACUCUCUUGCAGUUUGCUUUAGCGGAAGUGUGAAGUCCAGCAGUGACCCCAGUGGUGAUUGUGUGGUUAUUGUUCUCUACAGUAGUUUAUAUGAUUUGCAUGCUUUAUGAUACUGCCAUUUCUCUGCAAUGCAGCCAGGUUACAUGCACAUGAGAUAACUUCAAAAUGUAAGCCGAACCCGAUUAAUCCAGUUGAUUUGUGAAUUAUAAUAAAUUUAAUUUGCAACUUAAUGUUUGCUAGCAUAAUGCACUACCAAUUUUUUAAGUGAAACAAGCUUAGAUUUUUUUGUGGUUUUAAUCCAGAAGGGCAUGAACAAAUUGUUUUUAUUGUACCAAACUAGAAAGUAUGUUAUGUAUGAAUAUUUUCUUUUUAAACAUUUAGAAUGUAAAUAUAAAUGUUUAAAUAAUAUUCAUUUAAGCUAAUUCCAAAUAAUAGAUGCUAAUUUCUAAAUUGCAGAUGCUAGUUUUGGAAAAAGAAUAGAAGCUAAUUUUUCAAGCUCCUAGUAAUACAUGUUAUCAUAAUUUUAAUUUUUUUUCUUCUUAAAAUAAAGCAGAAUUCGACCAAAAUUUGGGUCAAAUAAAAACUAUUGAUAUCAUAUAACAUCUGGAUUCAAUUAAUGUUAUUAUUUUAGCAUGUAGCCUGUAACAAAAUGUACGGUGUGUAAAGAAAUUAGCUGUAAUACUUUUUAUACUCCUUCAUCACAGAACUUGUAUUUCUAUUUGUUUACUUUACAUACAGAUACUGUACAUUUUUCAAAUACAGAUGCUUGCCAAAUUAUUUUGAUUGUACUGAGUAAAAGUGUCCUAGACAUGAUUUUUACAAAAUAUUUUACAUUAAAAAUACAGUUUUAUAGCAGUUAAAAAAUUUUGUGAAAUAAUUAGUAAUAAACAUUUAUUGUUUUAUUUAAUCAAUAAUCCACUAUCUUUAUAAAUAAACAAUGUAUUUAGUAAGCUGUAUAAAAGAAGAAAAGUUAUCAAUUCAAUUUGGUUCCUGUUCACAAGUUUCUAUGCAUUACUUUUUGCUAUGUACUGUCAAAACUGUUGCCUUUUCCUCUCUUUUCAAAUUAAUACAUCACAUAUUAAACCUAUUUUGUCAGUAAUUACUUUCAUUGUUUAAACAGUAUUGCUCACAAAUACAUAAAUAGUAUAUAAGCAUUUUGUUUUGGCAACUAUAUUAAUGACCAAUAUUUAGGAUUUUUUUCCCCCCUUCUGAAAUUCAGAAUUUUAUAGCAUAUUGGAUUUUUAUUUUUUUUUUUUAAAUGUAGCCUUUUAGCUUAUUUUUGCACACUUUUUUUAUAAGUUUGAAAAUAUUUGCACUGGAUGUAAUAAUAUUUUGCAUAUUCCUAUCUUAAUACACAAUUUUUCUAUUAGUGACUGAACAUUAUAUUAAAUACACACUGUUAGCAACAUUGUAGCAACAUUGUCAAUGUUUUAGAAUAUGCACAUUGUCAAAACAUUUUUGGUUUUGUUUUAGUUAUAACACCACUGGUGAAGCACAUGUGCAUAGCUAAAAAAACUUCUGUGUAAACAAAUAUCUUUAAUAUAAAGAACCGUAAUAAUUACUCUCUUGAAUGGUAUGGCCAGUCAAUAUGUCGUCAGUUAUCAGCGAACAAAAUUUAUCUGCAAAGUGUUGUGGACUUAUCUUACUGUUAGGAUGGGAAAGAUUUUGAAUGCUCCUAACACAAACCUUUCUGUCCUUUUUGUCGCUUUAUCUGAAGUUUGAUUUACAAUGGAGAGUGUAAGAUAGAUAACACACAAAUGUUAAAGUUAAUACACAUCCACACAAUGAAAAUUACAAUUAAUGCUUACUCAACUAUAAAAUUGAAUUGUACUCAAUUUACUGUAACAAAAUUAAAUCUUCUGGAGAAACAGUAAUUGAAUUUCUCGCUCUCUGUAAACUAACUUAAAAUGUCUGUGAAUUUUUUUAAGUUCCAAGUGUAGCAUAUUAUAGCAUUUAACUAAAUAUUUAUCAUCAAUUUAGCUUUUGUAGCAGUGCUGUUUUUAAAUAUCACUACCAAUCAGCUCCACAGUGCAAGCUUUAGGUAAGAAGUGGUUUUAGGUAUAAAGGAUUCAGGUGUAAAACAUUCAGGAAAACAUUUUUUUGUGUUUAAAGGUGAAAAUAAUUUUUAUGUAGCUGCUCAAUGUUCAGUUAUUCAUAAUUUACCCAUAAAAAUGUAUAUCUUGUACUAAAGUGUUAAAACUAAAACUAAACAGAUGUACAUAAAUGGAAGGAAAAACUGCAAAAGUGAUUUUGAUAUGGUAGAGCUUUAUGUAGAAUUGUUUUUCACAGAGACUUGGGGGGCCCGCCUAGUCAGGGGUGUAUCUGUGUUAUUGAGGCAGGAUGAUGUGUGACGUUCGCUGGUGCUUUUAGCACGGUAUCUCCUCUAAGCCCAAGGCUCUGAACUGGUGCGCAGUCUUCUUGUCACAUAUAGGACAAUUAUUAUGAUAUUUUUAAGCUGUAACCAUAACAUUGUAUGGUGGAUAAAUGAAGAUAAAAGGUGUAAUGCAAGGCCCUUGAGUGCUUUCAAGAAUCUGUACCAGGCAUUUCAUGUCUAAAAAUUAUUCUGGAAACCUGUGUUUUAGGGCUUUUCAUCCUGCUAAAGAUACAAUACUGCACUAAUCAUUCGCCCUAGGCGCACACUUAAAUGCUUUUGGUAAAGAGGCAGCACUCGGAUACGUUGAGCUGUUUUCAAAUGUGUGGUUUCCCUGAAGCUCUGCAUGCCGAAUGUAUGUUAGGUGGGCGAGGCCUAGUGAUAGAGCCUGAGAGACUGUAGUCGGUUCCGAACCACUCGGUGCCAACACAGUGCUCGCAGCUACGAGUCCUGCCGGGUGUUUGAUACAACAGUAAUUGCAGAAGUGAAUGUGAAAGAUAAUGAGGUGUUGCCUAUGAAACAAUACAUAAUUUAAACCUUGCAUGUACAGAUAAAUAAUCGAGCAGAAAAAAAAUAAGCAAUUUCCUUAAAAAUUUAACUUUAUUUCUUGAUCCACCACUUUCUUGUUGCAAUUCGGUUGCUAACUUAACAUGCGUACAGCUCGAGACAUCUCACACAAGCCUGCCACACAGACAGCUGAAGGAGUCAAAAGAUGGAUGCUCAAUAGUUUCAUGAAACUCUUCAUAUCUAGCACUUAUACACCUGCUUUGAUCUACUUCACACAUUAUCUGGCCUCCGCAGUUCUUUCCUUUUGCAAUACCAAAUUAACAAAUUAUUAUGGAUGUUGUACAAUAUGUCCUCCUAGUUUGUCUCUUUUGUUCAUUUAAUGUUAUCUACUUAAUUUCCUGCAUUCAAUACUACAUAGCAUAAUUUUAUUUGUUUCUGGAAUGCAAACAGCCCAUACUUUAUUUCUACGAAGGACCACGUUUGACACAAACAUUUCUUUCGCCUCUGGCCAUUUCUCUUUAUAUUUACUUUUCUUUGAUCAUCAUAUUUUAUCUUAUAUAUUAACAAACAAUGAUAAUUUUUUUAUGUUGUUUGUUUCAAAUAUUAAUGUUUUGUAUUAAUUUGAUUAUAAAGUUUAUCUGCUGCAAAUGUAACAUUAAUAUUUUUGUGAUAUUAUUUCAUAAAUCCGUAUCAUCCAGAACUUUUACUAGAAUGUGGAGUUACAGGAUGCAAGCUUUCGUGAUAUUUAGCACCUUUGAGAAGCCAUGAGGUCUUGUGAGAUGUGUUGUUGUGUGUUGGUAAUGCUGAGCAUGAGUUCGGCGAAGCAGGUAGCGUUGGAAGUGUUGGCCUGCAUGGUAGCUUCCCCUUGCUGUCGUCUCUCGGCCCGAUCGUCACUGCCUUGAUCUGUGUGGCCGCAGGUGCAGAACGUGUGGUUCUGAACGCCUCUCCCCCUCCCCUCCACGAGUGGGAAUGACAUACGAUAGUCUUGUACCACGCCUGAAGAUGACAGUGAGUCAUCUGUUUAAGUAGAUGUGCCGUGGUGUUGGUGUGCGUAGAGUUGAGAGUUGUUCUCGAGACCGUCUGCAGCACAGAUGCACAAAGUGUUUGAAACCAUGCUUCUCGUAGUAGUGCAACGUCUGGUGUGGUUUUUUUUUUGUUUGUAAUUUUGUUACUGUGUCUACAGCAUAUGAUUAAGUUCUGUUAUGUACUAGGGUGAUCAUACAAGUGUGGUUUGUACGUGGGUGUGCAGGAAAGUUUUUUUGUGCACAAUGCUGCCAUUUGAUGGUACAUAUCCCAGCUCUUGUAGUUGUAACAUUUGUGGUAUGUUUACAUUCUCUCUGUUCGCUGGAGUCUCGUAAACAUGUAAAUUUUAAUCCAUGUUGAUUAUUGUUAAUGUAGUUUUAUAAAUGGUUUUGCUUUGUUUUACUUACUAUUUUAUUUUUAGUUGAAUGUGCCAGCAGUUUCAGUAUUCAUAACUCGGUAAACAUAUUAAAGUGAAAACCAUCUGAGCAUCAUUUCUGAUGGAUGAGUGUUACCAGUCUUAACUGACAGAAGGAAAGAGUUACCAUCUUUUGUUAAGGUCAUUUGUGAAGUACUGUGCUCGCUAGUAAACAAUAUUGCAAUGUUCAUGAAUUAGUUUGCAUAAUGGUUAUCAAGUAGCCCAAAACACUUUAUUGAGUUUAUUAUUUUUUGGAUUUACUUUCAUUUAUUAAUAAAUUGUGUAAUGUGUUCAAUUGUAAAUAUAGUUAGUUGAGUUCUUUUAAUUUGUUUUGGAAGGUGUACCGUCUAGAUUACGUAUCAAAGAUACGUGUGAAAAUCCUCAUUCUUUCUACACCUUCAGAAAUGGUUGCACUAUUCACAUUUCAUCAAGGGACUGCCUAUUUUAUUCUGAGUAUUGAAUAGAGCCUCACCUCAGCCUUGGCUGAGGUGAAGAUUUUUUUGUAUUUAUGGGAACUUUAUAAAAAUACUUUUGUUACUGUUAACUUGGUUUUUUUUCUCAGCAUGUGGAAAUUGUUUUAUCUGAGGAAGUUUGAUGCAUCUGACAUUUUUUUAUUGGGUGUAAAUGGUUUUCUCAUGUGAUUGUGAGUGUAUGUGUAAUACCUGUUCUCAAGGAGAAGGACAUUUCCAUGAACACAAUCCAGAGAAUAUAUAUUUAUAUCUCCUUGUACGUACUACAUGUAGUAAAUUCAAAAAUAAAACAAUAGAGUUAUAUCGUGUAAAUACCCUAUGUGUAUUAUAGAGUAAAGGUGAUGUUAGUUUCAUAAGAUCAACUUCAACUAUGUAAUAACUUACAGUUAGGUGCAAAACUGUGAAUUUACCUGAAUUAAUAAUGCUCCAAUUUUUUUGGAGUGCUCUAUAUUCAUAUUUGGGUUUGCUUUAAUUGAUUUUGAUGGUAAUUAACACUUAAUGAGAGUUGCAUACACUGCCAAAUCAAAAGUUUUUUUAUAUUAUUUUUAUAAUAUUAUCUUACUAACAAAGUAAGAUAAUAAUAUCAUAAAACAUGGCUGUGUUGGAAAUUAUAGCUGUAUAGUACUGUAAUUCUGGAGAUGUAAAUUGUUAACGUUAUGUUAUAUCAUUUACUUUUUUGAUUGUGCCAAUAUUUGAAAAUAUUAUGUUGAUACUCAGAAUGGGAGCAUAUUAGUUCAGGCACAUCAUCCAUACUGCCUUUAUCAAUUAUUGUGAGUGCUAUAGGUGUGUGGUUACUGGGAGUGGAAUGUUGCUGGCCUUUGUUUGGUAGUCUGGAAGACAAGUACGAACGACAUGCUGUGUGUCAUUCCCUCACCACGAUACUGCAUCUGUUUCUCACCUCUACUGUUUGAAUUCACACUUCAUCAUUUUGCCAUUGUGCAGCACAAGAGACAGUAGUAGGACAUUGGCUUGUGGUUUGAUGACGGCUAAGACCUUACAGGUUGCAUGCAUGUUGCUGAUCCCAGCCUCCAGGUGCAACUGCCCGGACUGAGCGUUGUAGAGGAGUGCGGAGAAGUGGUGUGCCUUGUCUCGGCAAGUGUGUUCUAGUCGUGCAGUGACGAGAGUCGUCUUUGGCUCAGAGCAUUCCCCUCCCAUCCGCCUGGGUGUCGAAUGUUUCCAAGAUGCAGCUUGGUGUGUGUCCUUGUAAUCAACCUCGUCUUGGCACCAAUGUCAACGGCUAAGCCAGUUCAACACAUUUAACAGAAACUUUGCAGCCGUGGAUUGUCAUUUCAGCUCCUCGCAAACAUGCAGAACCAAAUUUUAUUGUUCCUUUGAAAAUGAAAACCAAAAUAACAAAAUUAUAUUUUAUAAUUUUAAGUAGAAAAGAGUAUGCUUACCUGAAAUUUCACCAUAAAUUACCCUCUUUUGUGAUAAGGUCCAAGCCUUGAGUUUGGUACAUAGUUUACGUGUAAGAAUUAAUGUUUUUAAGAUUAUGCAUAUAAAAUAACAAAGGCAUAAGUGUUGAUCAUUUUCUAGUUGGAUAUGUAUUUUUUAAAUGUUAAUAUUGUAUGAAUUGUAAUUACUUGGCUACUUAUAGUAUUAAAAUCUUAAUUACAUGAAAUACUACAAAAGUUAGUUGAGUCUAAUAAGCAUAAAUCUACAUGGGGUGCAUGGAUAGCAUACACAAGCUUGGGUUGAAGAAGCUGGGGGUGGAAACCUUAAGAGGCUGGUUCCUUGCCGUCUGAGGGCUUAGAGCUCUAUUACCAUACCUCUUCUUCCAAUACCAACUCAAAAAAUCUCUUAUUACCAAGCACAUAUCAAUUCUACACGCACCUGCAAUGUACAAGAAGUGUAUGUUGUGUGUUUGUGCUCAAAUAAGUUCUCAAUCUUUUCCGAUCAGAUGGUGAAGAACUUAGAUGCAAAGUGUUUAAUUAAAAGCAACACUAUGUUUACACUGAGAAGCAAUUGAGGUUAAUCUUAUUUUAUGGCUGUUCUAAAAUGGUCACAAAAUGGUUGUUUAAGUUAAGAGGAUUUAAAAUUUAUUUUUUCAUAAUUUAUGUCAUUGGGACCAUUAAUUAACUCUUUACCUCUUUUACUGUCGAAUCAGACACAAUCUACGUGCAACAAACUCGGGUGAUCAUUGAUUUCUGCUUGAAACAUGCCCUAUUAAGGAUCAAUCUGUUGGGUAGGCGAGACACAGCCAGACAGUUGUUUGCUGUUUGCAAGGUGACUCUUAGGAGCCUGUAUGCUUGAGUGCACUACUCCUAUGUUGGACCAGAGAAAAAAUUCAAACACAAUGAAAUUAUAUUAUUUCUCAUUCAGAACAUAUUGAAUGUAGGCCAUCCUUACUAGAGGUGAAAAAAUUUUUGGGAGCAGACAUAAAUGGGGAAUUCCUAGCUGGUACUGUAGUUGAGUGGACAGUAUGACGGCUGCACUUCAGUCAACAUUUAGCUCAGGGUGAGAGUCAGGGAAGUUGGAAUUUAUCAGAGAAAGUCAGGGAAUUCACUUAAUAUCCUGGAAAAGUCAUUGAAAUUCAUAGGUGGUAUUUAAUUUAAGGGAAAAAUUUCAUGCUCCAAUCUACCAUUACCCAGACUGUAAAAUAAAUUUUUUCAGAUGGUGUUUUAGUACAUAGUCAUACACACAAUAAAAUGAGAUAUGCAAGGUUCACGCGUGCGUGUGUGUGUGUGUGUGUGUGUGUGUGUGUGUGUCCGUCCACACACAUUAAGGGUCUGGGGGGCAAAUAAUUUUGUCAAGCUCCCUCCCUAUUACUGAAUACACUACUCUUCAAACCUCUCACUAUUAAAAAAAAAUCAAAAUACUACAAACCUUUAAUAAUUAUAAUGCUGUAUAAACAGGACAACACAUAUGUGAUUUUUCAGCAUUUCGAGAAAUAGUUUUUAGAUGUUUCUCUCAAUAAAACAUUAUUUUCAUUCCUUUUUAACCUUUUCAAAAAAUGUGACAAAUUUUUUUUAUAACUUAAUAAUCAUCUACAUAAUACUAAAAAAACUUAAAAUAUAACAUACUUAAUACUGAACAACUUAAAAAUCAGUAAUCAUUUAAAAUUAGUAUUUCAUGCUUUCAUAUCAGUGAAUAUUUCUGUAAUAAAUCAAAAAACAGUUCAAAUUUAAUAAAAAAAAAAUUUCUGACCUUUGUUUGCCUUUUUUUCUUUUCUAUGCUUUUCUUUCUACUAUUUUGAGCACCUGAUUUAUGUUGGUAUUCCAUAAUUUCGUAGAAAAAUUUAGCACAUUGCAUUUCACAUGUCUUGCAUUUUUAAAUAAGAUAAAAUAAAAGAGGUGCAAGUAUCAAUGAGCAUAACAAAUCAGCUCUAAUAUUUCUAACUCCAAAUACAAAAUUAUACUCGAUGGAUAUUUAAUAUGUCAUGUAACAAUUUUUUUUUAAUUUAUCCUAGUUAUUAUCUGCAUGUUUGGCGAUACACACCGCUGUUUCUUUUGUGAGAUUACAGAGAUAUUUUUCUUUACAGUUACAAGUCAUUUAAUUAAUUUUCCAAGCAAACUGAAUUAAAUAUACACACCCACACAGAUUAUAUAUAGGUAUGUGUGUGUGCGUGUGUGCACGCGUGUGUGUGUGUAUACAUAAUUAACAUGAAAUAAAAUAUCUUACAAAUAUAUUUUUUUUGUUUCUUUGUAGUAUAUUGUCAUAACUUUCUACCAGGAAGGUUUGCUUGUACAAAGUUACCGUGGCACAGCUGUAAACAAGACAUGAGCAUAUCGCAUAGCUUAAAGUUUCCAGAUUUGUAAUUUUCAUCCCCCGGGGAUUUUGCUAUCCCUGCCCCCCCCCCCCCCCCCCCCCCCCUCACCUCAUUUCACCCCCUCGACAGACCUGUGUGUGUUUGCAUAGACGCGCGCGCGCAGUGCACACACACACGUUCAACACACACACACACACACACACACACACAAAAGCAUUUAUGUUGUAUCUUUCAGGAAAUCAUCAAAGGAGGUGAAUUAUUUAAAAAAAUAUAUAGAGUAAGGGAAUAUGAAAAGACAGGUUUAAGUCAGGGAAGUUUUGUACCCUUAUGUUUUAAAUUAAUGGAGUGGCAUAAUUCAUUUAGCUGCAGUAAUUCAGGGGACAGCUAUUGUGAGUCAUAACCUGAUACUCGCAGCUCUCAUAAGGACGGCAAGAAUCUAAACCACAGCUCAAAAUUGAGCUGGGCUGAUUUGACUGUGGAAAUUUUAUGCACAAAUAAACAAAGUAGGAAAAGGUUGUUUUGUCAAGAGCUAAACAAAACUAAAUUAAGUUAUCGAGAAAUUUAAAGUCCAGGAACGUGAGUUGGAAGUUAACAAUAAAAAAUAAAGUUUUGACUGGAGAAAAGGGGUAGAAAACCAGUGAGAACCUUUUAAUGGUUUUUUGUACUUGGAAAGCAAAAAAUAAGUCAAAUACGGGACAAACCAGUGAGAACUGUUUAAAGGUCUUUUUGUACUUGGAAAGCAAAAACGAAGUCAAAUACUGGACAAAUAGGGGGGGGGGGGGGGGGGGGGGGCGAGUGAGUCCUUUCCGAAAGUGCAACAAAGGGAGUUGUACAGCAACACCUGCAAACAAAUUAUGUUUAGCUGAUGCAAGCAAAAGGCUUGUUUCAGGAAGGAAAAACAGGUGUUAAAGUCAGUUAAAAAGAAAGCAUUCUCUAACACACUAAUUAAAUUCUGAUGAAUAGUGAAGUGGUGAUAAUCCUCAAAAAGAGAAGAUCCUUUUAAACAUAAUGACGAGACUCCACAGUAAAAUUUUGCAAAUGGCUAACAUCAUUGGAGUAGCCAAACUGAAACAAGUGUGAGUCAGCGGAUCACACCACUCCGUCAUCUUUACGCAUUGGCCACUGGAAGCUGCCCAAACUUGGUCUGUGAAGCAGUUAGUGAAUGUGUGUUUUUAUUUAAUAUUUUAUGUUAUCAGCUGUUUUGGUGCAAGGAUGGGGGAGGGUUUAUCCUGAAAUCUUUUAGAUUGGCAUAUCCCAUGUGUGUGUGUGUAGUGUCUGUGGAGAAAAGUAAAAUGUUGAUAUUUUGUUGAUCGGGAGUAACUUAACUAUUCCACAUUCUAUGUUUUUCUGAACAGUUGGUUGUCUGUAGUUCAGAGAUUGAAACUGUGUAUGUUGGAACGUCAAAAAAGGUAGUAUUUUUAGGCAACAAAUAGAAAGAGAUUAUCCAAUAAAACAAUUCUGAAAAUCUAUUUGUGUAAUAUACACUUAAAAGCAAAGUCAAUUAUUUAUGAAAAUGAGUAAAUAUAAUUUGAAUUUCUGUUUUACAACUUUCUUUUUCUGCAAGGGGAAUAAUAUAUUCAUUUAAAUUUGGUGCAUUUGUUUGGUUUGUUAAUGUAAUAUCCUGAAAGUUUACUUGUUUUGUUUUAGGAGUGAGUUUCCUGCAAUAAAUUGAAAAUCAUCAGCUGAUGAAUAAACAUUAUUAUUUCUUGGCUAAAAAAAAUUCAAAAACACUGUUUGUAAAACUUUUUCAGCCCUUUGACCAUUGUUUAACCUCACAAAAUGUGCGUGGCCAUGAGCCUGACCGGCAUCCAUGCAUCAUUCACUUCUAACUGUAAAAUCAACCUUUGAAAAAAUUAUUAGUGCAUAAUCUGCAGAUUUAUGUAGGAGUCAUUAAGCUGGGAUUGAGCAAAGAUGUAUUGAAAAUUUUUUUUUGUUUAUUAAAAACUGGAAUAAUAAUUAUUGUGAUUGUUAUAGAUUUCUGCUUCUAAUGGUUUGAAAUGUUGAUGUGAAUGUGCAGUGGAUUUUUGGCAGAUGUGCUGAUAAUUUAAAAAAAAAAAAAAAAACACCUCUGCCUUUUUAUGAAAGUUAAGUGAAUUUUUUUUAACGCAUUCCAACAAGAGAUUAAGUACACCAACUAAUUUCAUUAUUUGAUUUUUUUUUUUAAUUAUUAAAAAUAUUUUAGUGGAAUCACAGUAUCAGCAAUUAAAUUUAAAUAAGCUAUAUAAUUGUUUAUACAAAUAUGUCAAAAUAAUUGGCAACAUAUUUGAGUAAAUUUGGUACUUUACUGUAGGUAUGUUUGCAAUUAUUGAUCACAGCUUAAUGACUGUUGUCCACUUCCCCAUAUUAUAUGGUCAUAGCAGCAAAGGCAGACCACUAUCCAGAGAAGGCCUUGUUGCUGUGUUCUACUGCAAAAAAAAUACAUUGUUUCUUAACGUUAAUGCAUUGCGAAAUUAGUAGCCAAGUCUGAGAACUGGCUAGUUUUAUAUAUAUAUAUAUAUAUAUAUAUAUAUAGAGAGAGAGAGAGAGAGAGAGAGAGAGAGAGAGACAGUAAACUCUCUCCAGUCCGAGGUUCUUGGGGAUUUACAGACCACAGAUUUGUGAAUACUCCAGAUUUUUGAGAGGUAAAAAAAAAUUGUUUAUUUUUUUACUGUUAAAAACAUGUUUUUUCUCUUCCUUCGUGUAGGUAAGUGACACUUUAGCAGUUAUCUAAUGGAAUUACAUAAAACAGAAUACAUUGCUAAGAAAGAUUCAAAAUUACUUAAAAUAAAAAUAACGCCACGUCUCUCUUUGACACUGUACUAAAGCAUCUCCCACUGCACUGUUUACAGCCAGCCGGCCGCAUGGACGGCAGACACGCGGCGCCGACCGGACCGGCUGGCUGUCAACAGUGAUGUAAUCUUUUGUUUACGACUACGUCUCAACAUAAUGGACACGAGUGCCAACAAAUACAGCGAACAAAACACAUACAUAAACUGACGUGUAUAAAUACGUAAACAACUGUCAUUACACUUACCUUGCCAUUAACUGGGCUUUUCAUUCUCAUGACACAAAAAUUAUUACACAUAUUAAAAUAAAACUCGCCACUUUACAAUACGUCUGUAUCGCAUAUAAACACAAUUUACAAGAGUGUGCGCACAUAAAAUCACUUUUAAUUUCCGUAUUUAGAAGAUUCAAAGUUAGUGUCACGGCUGCUUCACACAUCAGUUUAAUCACUGUCUUCGGAGUCAUAAACAGUGGUGGUGGCAGUGCCCGUUGUUGACGUCUGGGGCUGGGAUGACGAAAAAUGGGUCCUGAUGUCCGACUGCUUGCUUGAUUGUCUUCGUUUAUGUAAAAACGUAGAAUGCAAUAUGUGGUACUGCAUUAUUUCGGAGCAGAGGCGCACCCAGGAAUUUUUUUUUUGGUGGGGGGGGGGGGGGGGGUUAAGUUUUUUUUAUGAAGGAAAAUUUGGAUUUCUAGGUGAAAAUUGAUGCUAUUUAGGAAGUUUUUGUAUCUAAUUAUUGAAUAUACUGCUGGUAGAAAAAAGAAUAAUUUUUAGUACGAUACUAAAUUAUUUUUUUAGACAAGAAUCAAACAAAGAUACCUUUAUCAAACCCAGGGUCUCGUCUGCUCAAAAUCAAUAUUAUUUUAAUACCAUGAGAAUCAUAGCAUGCAUGAAAGUCUACAUUCUGUGCAACUUAAAUCACUGACAAUGAUGGUUUGCUUUUUACUGCAUUCAGACAAACAAAUUAAGUUCACUGUACAAGUAAAAACAAAGGGUAUAAAAUUCACACAUAUAAUGGCUAGUUAAAACUGCAGAAAUACAGUCCAAAAUUAUGCAAAAAUUGAGAUAAACGUAGCGCACAAACAAUUCUUAGUUUUUAUAUAACACAAACUAAUUUGUAAAAAAAUUAAAGUAAUUCACGGUAGCAGACUACAACUGUAAUACUACAAUAACACUGAUCAGCGAUCACCAACUGAAGGCCUGAAGCCAAAGGAAAGGAAAAAUAUAUAUCGAAAUUAAGUAACUACAAUUUUUUACACUAUGUGUUAAAGUUCGCACAUUACACACUUUAACGGUAAUAUAUUAUAAAUAUUUUACCGGUUAUAGUAAUUUUGGAAGUCUCUAAUUUUCACAAAUACUCUUUUUUUGUUCUAAAUCUAAUCUAGUAUAAUACAUAGCAAAGUAAAUAAUUAAUACACAGCAUCAGUAAAAGAAUUGUGUCACUGCAUUUGAAGGAAUUAUGAAAAUCGACUUGUUCUAAUGUUCCGUCUGUCCUUUACAGGAAACAAAAGCCUUAUAUUUAACAAUGCUGCAUCAUUUCUGUCAAAUACAGUUGAUGAUACAUAUUGCUGACAUGCUAAAUGAAAUGUUCGUGGUCCACUAUUAAAAAAACUCUACUAAAAACUAUUAUUCACGACAAGGCAAUAUGAUUGGUUUGAACGAUCAAGUAAGUCUCGUACAUCGAAACUCAAAUGAUUUCACUUAUUCCAUUCCAAAUAUUCCGUUUGUGCUCUAUAAUCUACUGUUAAAGCAUGGUCCAUAUAACUUGCCCCCCCCCCCCCCCCCCCCCCCUACGCCGCAGCAGCGUCACUCCAGGCAACUUCAGUAGCAUCAUCACCAUCAUCAUCGCUUUCACUCUCUGGGAUGGCAGUGUUACGAUUUUGAGAGCUUGAAAUAAUUUCUUCAUCUGUUAAAGUAAGAUAACAGGAACAUCCUUGUCAACAUCUAGCCAUUCAUUUACUUCUACAGACGAAAGUUUGUUGACAGGGUUCUCAACGUCAGCACAUUCAACCAUUUGCAUAAUUUCACAGUACACAUCCUGUAUUUCCUCGCCUGGUUGCCUGCCAAAUCCCUUGAAACCUUUAUCUUCUGAUUCAUCAUCUUCCUUCUGAGGCCAUAUCUGUCGCCAUGAUUUGUGUAGACUUUCACAUUUCACUGAGUUCCAGGCACAUGAGACAUUAAAUAUGGCAUUUUUGAUAUUGUACUUUUUUUGAAACUCAGCAAUACUCCCGUCAUAACUCGUCAGUUGCCGCAUAAAAUCACGUCUGUAUAACAUCUUCACAUUCUGGAUAACUCCUUGGUCCAUUGGUUGAAUAAGACUUGUCACGUUUGGUGGCAGGUAUACAACAGAUGUGUUACCUUUAAUGAGUUGAUUUGCUGGAGGGUGGGCACGACAAUUAUCCAAUAGCAAAACAACUUUGCUGUUGUCGGGUUUAUUUAUAGCUAGGCACAAAAACAUUCAUAAACCACCACAAAAAAAUCUCAGAAUCCAUCCAAGCAUUGCUUUGUGACUUUUUAGUGGACUGGAAGGGGAACAUGGGGCGUGUCCUUGAAGCACCGUGGUUUGGCAUAUUUCCCUAUAACUGUCAGUUUCACUCUGUGCAUCCCCGCAGCAUUAGCACUCACCAGUACAGUUAUGCGUUCUUUAUUUUGUUUGAAGCCAUGUGCAGCUGUUUCAUUCCCACCAGCUAGAGUGUUAUGUGGAAGGCAUUUCCACAAUAAGCCAGUCUCGUCGGCAUUAUAGACUUGGUCUGCAGAGAGUUCAUUUUCAUUUACCAGCUUUGCUAAGUAAGUGCGAAAUCUGUCAGCAGCUUCAGUGUCGGCUGAUUUCUGUUCACCUGACACAUCAAGUUUUCUUAUUCCAUGUCGUUCUUUGAAACGGGUUAGCCAACCAUCAGAGAAUGUGCAAGCUUCUGUCAACACCAUCUUCUCAUAAAAUUCCUUCCCUUUUUUGAUUAGCAUCAGCCCUGAUAUUGCCGCACCUUCUGACCUCUUUAAUGAAAACCACUUAAAUAAUGCAGAGUCCAAUUCCUGUAGUUUGGGUGUGUGAAGAGUUUUGAGUUUCAAACAGUUAUUUUCCUACUCACUCUUUGCUACGAAAGCUUUGAGUUUUUCCUUUUGUUAUUUUAUGUCAUACACGGUUGACUCGCCAAUACCAUACUCAAGCGCUAUUGCUGCAACACGUACACCACGAUUCCACUUGUCACAUAUUUCAAGCUUGUGUUUUAAUGUUAGUGUAUGUGUUUUCUUUUCACCUUCAUAAUUCUCCACACUCAGUAAAACCUUUAAAUAUGUAUAAUCAACUGCUGUGCACGUCUCCUCUGAGCUAACGGAAACGCUCCACUAAGCAGUUGCUCUCUAUCGUGAGACA